UAUCGAUAUUUUAAAAUAAAUAACACCAACGUAAAAAGAAAAUGCUGAACGCGAAAAUUGGUAAAGUUGGCAAAGUGUUGGUAUGUGGCAUGAAAGGCGUAGGGAAGACAACAGUUAUUGAGCAGUUGGUGUAUGGGAACCUAAAUGCGGACACAGAACUACAUCCUACCAUUGAAGACAUCUAUGUGGCUAGUGUCGACACGGGUCGUGGGGCUCGGGAGACGUUACGCAUCUACGACACGGCUGGACUGCAAGGCGAGCAGGCUGCCCAAUUGCCACGCCACUACUUACAGUUCCCCGAUGCAUUCGUAUUGGUCUACGAUCCCAUCGAUCCACGAAGCUUAGAUAUGCUGGCUGACAUCAAGACAGACAUUGAUAAGCAUAAGGAAAAGAAGGAAAUCCCCGUUAUUGUACUGGCCAAUGUGAGGGCCCGGGCUAAAAGGGACACGCCACCAGCAAUGCCCAAUCCCGUCGAAAAGAUUAUGGAUAGGGCAAACAUCUGGUGCCAACGGGAGCGCAUCAAACACUACACAGUCAAUGGCAUGGAACGACCGUCAUUGUACGAGCCAUUCACGUCUCUGUGUGCUCGCCUUCAUCCAGCACCGACGAAAAGCACGUUCCCGCAACUGCGGCAGGUCAUGCAGAAUCGACAAAAGAGCGAGGCGUAACCGUAGCCUUCAUCUAUAUUAAGCCUUAGUCCUCAAACUUCUAACUAAUGGAUACGGGGGUACUAUUUAUGUCUUUAUUUAUCUACUCUACUGUUUACUUGUUUUGUAUUCACUGUCGUGCUUUAAUGUGGGUGCAAGCCCUGCUUAGAUGUUCUCAUAUUUAUGUUUUGUGAGUGUCCAAUUAAAUAUUUAGUAUUUAUUACAAAGA